AAGCCGGACUCUCCACCAAUCGAUGCGCACGGCACGCGUCGAUGUGAGAGCGCCGCCGGCGGAAGGAGAGAGACGGUUUUCCGCAUAGCAGUCAGGCGUGCGGAUGGAUGCAGAAGGAUUUGGCGAGCUUCUGCAGCAGGCAGAACAGCUUGCAGCAGAGACAGAAGGUAUUGCGGAGCUUCCUCAUGUUGAACGCAAUCUCCAGGAGAUCCAACAGGCAGGGGAGCGUUUGCGUUCCCGGACACUAACCCGUACCUCACAAGAAACAGCAGAUGUCAAGGCAUCAGUUCUUCUUGGGUCCAGAGGCCUUGAUAUAUCCCACAUAUCUCAGCGCUUGGAGAGCCUUAGUGCUGCAACAACAUUUGAACCUCUAGAGCCUGUAAAAGACACAGAUAUACAGGGAUUCCUAAAAAAUGAAAAGGAUAAUGCUUUGCUGUCUGCCAUUGAAGAGUCCAGGAAAAGGACCUUUGCUAUGGCAGAAGAGUAUCAUCGAGAAUCAAUGCUGGUCGAGUGGGAACAGGUGAAGCAACGGAUCCUUCAUACACUGCUGGCUUCUGGAGAAGACACUCUGGAUUUCACGCAGGAAAACGAGCCUAGUUACGUCAGUGAGUUGCCACCACCAGGUCGCAGUUCAUUAGAUAACACAGAGAUGGCAUAUGCCCGACAAAUUUAUAUGUAUAAUGAGAAGAUUGUGAAUGGACAUCUUCAGCCCAAUUUGGUAGACCUUUGUACUGCUGUGACAGAAUUGGAUGAUAAGAACAUUGCUGACUUGUGGGCCAUGGUGAAACAAAUGACUGAUGUUCUGCUGGUUCCUGCAAGUGAUGCACUGAAAAUACGGACAAGCAUGGAGGUGCAGAUGGAGUUUGUAAGGCAGGCCUUACAAUAUCUUGAGCAAAGCUACAAGAACUACACUUUGAUGACCGUCUUUGGAAAUUUGCACCAAGCCCAGCUGGGUGGAGUACCUGGAACCUAUCAGUUAGUCCGCAGUUUCUUGAACAUCAAACUCCCAGUGUCUGUCCCAGGGCUCCAGGAUGGGGAAGUGGAAGGUCAUCCUGUUUGGGCGAUCAUUUACUAUUGCAUGCGAUGUGGGGACUUAAUGGCAGCAAUGCAAGUCGUCAAUCUAGCUCAGCACCAGCUGGGAGAUUUUAAAACUUGGUUCCAGGAAUACAUGCACAGCAAAGACAAAAGGCUUUCUCCUGUCACCGAGAACAAAGUUCGUCUUCAUUACAGACGGGCUCUGAGAAACAACACCGACCCUUACAAAAGAGCCGUCUACUGCAUUAUAGGCCGAUGUGAUAUUGCUGAUAACCACAGUGAAGUUGCUGAUAAAACAGAAGAUUAUCUUUGGCUGAAGCUGAACCAGGUUUGCUUUGAUGAUAACAGUUCCAGUGCACCACAAGACAGGUUGACUUUGUCCCAGUUCCAGAAGCAACUGCUUGAAGAUUAUGGUGAAUCACAUUUUGUGGUGAACCAGCAGCCGUUCCUCUACUUCCAAGUCUUGUUCCUGACCGCUCAGUUUGAAGCCGCCAUUGCUUUCCUUUUCCGUACAGAACGCUUGCGUUGCCAUGCUGUUCAUGUUGCCUUGGUCCUUUUUGAACUGAAACUGCUGCUGAAAUCUUCUGGGCAGAGUGCACAACUGUUGAGCCAUGAGGCUGGUGACCCUCCAGCCAUCCGGCGCUUGAAUUUUGUUCGACUCCUGAUGCUGUACACCCGCAAGUUUGAGUCUACAGACCCCCGUGAAGCUUUGCAGUACUUCUAUUUUCUCAGGAACGAGAAGGACAGCCAAGGUGAAAACAUGUUCCUGCGCUGUGUGAGCGAGCUGGUGAUUGAAAGCCGAGAGUUUGACAUGAUUCUUGGAAAAUUGGAGAAUGAUGGCAGUAGAAAGCCUGGAGUGAUUGACAAGUUUACUAGAGACACCAAACCAAUUAUUAAUAAAGUGGCCUCAGUGGCAGAAAGCAAAGGUCUGUUUGAAGAAGCUGCCAAGCUUUAUGACCUUGCCAAGAAUCCUGACAAAGUCCUUGAGCUGAUGAACAAGUUGCUAAGCCCUGUAGUGUCUCAAGUCAGUGCUCCCCAGUCCAACAAGGAAAGGCUGAAGAAUAUGGCACAUGCCAUUGCUGAGAGAUAUAAAGCACAAGGAAUAAGUACCAAGAAACCUGUUGAUUCAACAUUCUACCUUCUGUUAGACCUGAUCACUUUUUUCGACGAGUAUCAUGCUGGCCACAUUGAUAGGGCCUUUGAUAUCAUUGAACAGCUAAAAUUAGUCCCAUUGAGUCAAGAGUAUGUGGAAGAGCGAGUAGCGGCCUUCAGGCAUUUCAGUGAUGAAAUUAGACACAAUUUGUCAGAGGUCCUCCUCGCCACAAUGAAUAUCUUGUUUACCCAGUAUAAGAGGUUGAAAUGUACCAGCCCAGCCACGCCUGCUAGGCCCACCCGUGUCAUUGAGGACCGAGAUUCGCAACUCCGAUCUCAAGCUCGGGCACUCAUCACCUUCGCCGGGAUGAUCCCCUACAGAACCUCAGGGGACACCAACGCUCGGCUAGUGCAGAUGGAGGUCCUCAUGAACUAGCUGAGCAGGAAAGCCAGCUGGUGCUUGUUUUUUUGUGCGCUCUUUGAAGGGGGGGGG